CUCUCUCUCUCUCUGAAGAACAGCAGCAGAAAAGACUGAAAAUCAUCAUUCUGCAAUCUCCACCACCCUUCAACAGAAAAAGCAAACUAACCCAGAUUCCUACACAGUCUCUCUCUCUCUGUUCUAUCUUAAACAAGAUAGUAAAUGCAGACGACUUUAAUCUAUGAAAGCCUGACAACUGAUAUAUAGCAGCUAGGUACUUUAAUCUUAAAGAAGAAGGAAGAAUUGCUGUGAUAAAAUGUUUGAAACCAUCCGAUAUCUCUUCGGCUCCAUCGGUCCAAGUGGUUACGGCUCCAAAUCCACGGCGGAGCAAGUCACGGAAGCCUGCCCUGAUCUCCGGUCCAUCACUGCCAUUAUCACAGGUGCCACAUCAGGGAUCGGAACCGAGACAGCUCGGGUGCUGGCCAUGCGAGGUGCCAGGCUCAUCCUUCCGGCUCGGAGCCUCAAGAACGCCGAGGAAACCAAAUCUCGCAUCUUAUCGGAAUUCCCUGAUUCUGAAAUCAUCGUUAUGAAACUUGAUCUUAGCUCUAUUUCUUCCGUCCAGGACUUUGUUGCAGAGUUCAUUUCUCUUGAUUUGCCCCUUAACCUUCUCGUAAACAACGCUGGAAAAUUCUGUUACAAUUAUGCCGUAUCAGAAGAUGCAAUCGAGAUGACUUUUGCAACAAACCAUUUAGGUCACUUUCUAUUGACGAAACUUUUAUUGAAGAAGAUGGUUGAGACAGCGGAGGCCACAGGAACACAAGGACGUAUAGUGAACCUCACAUCGGGCAUUCACAGUUGGUUUUCGGGCGAUAUGAUUCAUUAUCUCACUUUGAUAACCAAAAACAGAAGCCAUUACGAUCCAACUCGUGCAUACGCUCUCUCGAAGCUAGCAAACGUCCUGCACACCAAGGAGCUUGCAAAGAGGCUUAAGGAAAUGAAGGCCAACGUGACGGCAAAUUGCGUCCAUCCAGGCGUCGUGAAAACCAGGCUUAACAGAGAACGCGAAGGCAGCAUCACAGAUCUCGUAUUCUUACUUGGUUCCAAGCUUUUCAAGACAAUUCCACAGGGGGCGGCAACAACCUGCUACGUCGCGACUCACCCUAGGCUCGAAAGAGUGAGCGGCAAAUAUUUUAUGGAUUGCAACGAAGCUUCGCCGUCGACAAAACCUGCAACCAGAACGCCGGCGGAGUCCACGAGAUUAUGGUGCGUCUCUGAGGCCAUGCUUGCCAUGGACUCCAGCUGGAUGGAUGGAUCCCAUUAAUGCCACCUCGGAUUAAUUAGUGUUAAUUAAGAAAUCGAGCGGGAAGAUA